AUCCGUCAAAACACUCUCACCUUGAAUACGUCUUCCUGGAAUCAACUCUUUCCAGCAGUCAAUUUUUUUAACGGGCCCCGGUAGUCGAUCAUCUUCAAGGCGGUUAAGUAUUGGCUGCUCCAUCACGGCUAGUCAGUCCCGCUCUUUUUAAUCGGGAUUCCUAAGUUCAGUGCUCACAAAUCUACCCCUCACAAAAGAACUCGGUUCUUUUUCACAUCAUAACAAUCAAACCUAAGAUUACUUGGACUGGAAGUGUUCCUGUUUUCUUGUCAAAUUAUAUUACGAUAACACCGAUAUUACCGCAGUUAUGAAUUGGCUCAAGCAGACUUUGGCCAAUGUGGCUGGAACCCAGGAACCCAUUUAUGGCCCGGACGCCAUACAACCCGUUACUAAGCAAGCAGAAAAGACGCCUUACACCGAGCUGAAGAAAGAGGAUCUUAAAUGGAGGGCUCCUCAGUAUACCUCUGUGGAAACUCAGACUUUCUAUGUCAUGGCCGAUGAUGGUACUCUAGCUUGGGUGCAAGUUAUCUACAACAAUAUCGCCGGCCUCCACACGACCUGCCAAUUCAAUACCAAGAUCUACUCGCUUGACGGCAGUUCACCUCAUCUCUGGCAUUCGGACACCCUUUACAACCACCUGUUCGACCCGGACAUGUACUCCUUUGGAGCGGAUAACCUCGCAUUAACACUCAACGAGGAAGGCGACGCCUAUACAAUCAAAUCAGCCGUCAACGAGGGCAGUCUGGUAAACCUGGCUUUUACUCGGAAAGCUCCCGGUGUUGUUAUUGGCGAAAAUGGUACUUCAUACUUUGGAACUGAUCCUGCUAACCCCUGGGGUUCAAUGUCGCAUGCUUUCUGGCCUCGUUGUUCUGUGGAGGGUACCAUCACUACUAAGGAGAAGACCUAUGACUUGAAAGGAUUGGGAUUUUACUCUUUUGCGCUUCAAGGCAUGAAGCCUCACCAUGCUGCAUCACGAUGGAACUUUGUUAACUUCCAGGGUCCCUCAUAUUCUGCUUGGAUGAUGGAGUUUACUACCCCACCAUCAUACGGCUCAACAGUCGUCAACGUAGGAGGUGUUGUCAAAGACGACAAAAUCCUUUAUGCAGGACAUACAAACUCUGCAAAGCAUCUGGAAACGAACACUGAUACAGAGAAUGACUGGCCCGAGCCAAAGAGCAUCAACUUCACAUGGGACGGAAAGGGCAAGGAAGACAAUGAGAUUCAUGCCGAGUUGGAGGGUUCUCUUGGGAAAAGACUCGACAGGAUAGAUGUCAUGUAUGAGCUUCCUGGAUUCGUCAAGUCGUUUGUUGGCAGCGUUGCUGGAACCAGGCCUUAUAUCUACCAAUACUCCCCUCAAGAAAAGCUCACACUCAAAGUCAAGGAAGGCGAGAAUGAGUUCUCGGAGCAAGGCACCAUGUUCUCCGAGGCCACUUUCAUUUCUUAAAUGCUCUUUCCUUUCCUUUCCUUCCCUUCAAUCUUCAAUCUAUAACGGACUUUGAACUGUAGCCAAAUAUAUAUGAUGAUGA